CAAGUUCAAGUCAGACUAUUCAUAAAAAACGAAGAGAAUCCGCCAAUCUCCCAACUAAGCAACGAAAGCAAUGCAAUUAAAUAAUAAAACAUUAGCCAAUGCCCAAAAAAAUACUGGAAAAAAGGGAAAAUUUUGCCCGAAGACCCAGCAACAGAAUAGCGAAAUCUGGGAUUUGUUUAUUUAUUUUCUUGGAAAGGUUAGCGGACCACGAAAGGGGGAAAACCCAGAAUUCAAAAGCUGCGUUAAGGAUUACUAGUUGGGUUAGAUGAGAUUUCAAGAACCUGUCUGUUUCUUGGUAUCAAGAUAGUGUGCUACAUAAGCUACGGUACUGGUGUUCAAAGGGUUUUCUUAAGUUUUAUGGAAUGAUAUGGUUUCCAAAGGAUCCAAAAUCCAUCUUUGAGAAAGGAUUUUUCUGUUGGAAUUUAUGAAUCACGAUCAUAUGGAGAUAUCUUUGUUGAACACACUUCUCAGUAACAUUUCCUCAUUUUUAAAUGUGUCAUCCUCUGAGAACAUUAACUCAGAACCAGUUCAGAAGUAUUACCUGAGAGCAGAAGAGAUACUAAAGUUGUUGAAGCCAAUUUUUAGCGCAAUUGUUGAUUCAGAAAUUACUUCCAAUGAAGUGCUUGGUAAGGCAUUUGAAGGAUUAAGCCUCUCUAUAGAAGAAUUGAGGGAGCAAAUCGAAAGCUGGCAACCCCUUUCGAGUAAAGUUUACUUUGUUCUGCAAGUUGAGUCAUUAAUAUCAAAGAUUCGGAAUUCUAGCCUGGAUGUAUUCCAUUUCUUGAAGUCUUCCUAUCAGCACCUGCCUGAUGAAUUGAGUUCAGCAUCUCUUGAGCACUGCUUGCAGAAAAUUAAGCAUGUAGCUUAUGACCAAGUAUCAUCUUUCAUCAGGGAAGCCAUACAGGAUCAAGUGGAUAGUGUUGGACCAUCCACAGACAUAAUAGUGAAAAUUGCAGAGAGCUCGGGCUUGAGGUCACACCAGGAGAUUCUGAUAGAAGCUGUGGCCCUUGAAAAGUUGAAGGAGAAUGCUGAACAAGCUGAUAAACUUGCAGAAGCUGAGUUCAUUGAUCAAAUUAUUGCUCUUGUAACCCGCAUGCAUGAUCAUCUUGGAUUAAUGAAACAAUCUGAGACCAGUAGUCCGGUUCCCAUACCUGUUGAUUUCUGCUGCCCUCUUUCCCUAGAGCUAAUGACUGACCCAGUGAUUGUGGCAUCUGGACAAACCUAUGAGCGGGCUUUCAUUAAGAACUGGAUAGGUCUUGGGCUCACUGUGUGCCCCAAGACACGGCAAGCUUUGACUCAUACCAAUCUUAUACCUAAUUACACAGUAAAGGCACUAAUUGCAAACUGGUGUGAGUCAAACAAUGUGAAGUUGCCUAAUCCCAUGAAGUCCAUCAGUUUAAACCAGUCCUAUCCCCUUCUUGUGGCUGCAGAGUCUGGCUUGCCAAGGGAUUCAAAUAGUUUUACUCUUAGAAGCAGCCAACCAUUAUCACCUGAGCCAAGGUCUAGAGGUCAAGCUGGUAAGAAACUAGUAACAUCCAGUGGAAUUCAUCGGGAGGGAACCUCCCCACUACGUCCUUGUUCUACUUCAGUGGGUUCCUUGCCAGGUAUAGCUGGAAAUGGAGAGGGUCUGGAUGUUGCAAGGAUAUCAAUAAAUAGCGCUGAAGACAGUUCAAAGUUGGAACAAAGGUAUAAUGAUUCUGUUGGUGAACCCCCUGUGUCACCUUCUAACAAUGCUGGAGAUUCAUCUCAGAACCAUUCAAGAUCUGAUUCAGCCUCUAGUGCACUUCCUAAUUCAGAUUCUCCUCGAGGAUCGGUUGGAGAUGCCAAUGAGACUUCUGAAAGUCAUUUCGCAGCCUACAAUAGUGAUGUUUCUGGGGAGGUUAAAUCUGACCCACAACCUACAGUCAGCACAGCCGUCCCACAGAGAGAACCCGAAUUUCAUCCUCGAUUGGUAGAAGCACGAUCUCGAAGCCAAACAAUCUGGCGUCGACCAUCAGAGAGGUUUAUUCCAAGGAUAGUUUCUUCUGGUGUUGAGAACAGGGCUGACCUUUCUGGCAUUGAAACCCAUGUUAAGAAGUUGGUAGAUGACUUGAAGAGCACUUCGGUUGAUAAUCAAAGAGAGGCCACAGCUCAACUCAGGUUACUUGCUAAGCACAAUAUGGAUAAUCGGAUUAUAAUAGCAAAUUGUGGGGUCAUUACCUUGUUAGUUGAUUUGCUUUGUUCACCAGAUACAAUGACUCAGGAAAAUGCUGUUACAGCACUUCUUAACUUAUCAAUUAAUGAUAACAACAAAACAGCUAUUGCUGAUGCUAAUGCAAUUGAGCCUCUGAUUCAUGUCCUUGAGACAGGAAGCCCUGAAGCUAAAGAAAACUCAGCUGCUACUCUCUUCAGCCUUUCGGUCAUUGAGGGUAACAAAGUCAAGAUUGGAAGGUCUGGGGCAAUCAAGCCUCUUGUUGAUUUAUUGGGGAACGGUACUCCUAGGGGAAAGAAAGACGCAGCUACUGCCUUGUUUAAUCUGUCAAUAUUUCAUGAAAACAAGGCCCGAAUUGUGCAAGCUGGUGCCGUAAGACACCUUGUAGACUUGAUGGACCCAGCAGCUGGAAUGGUUGAUAAGGCAGUUGCUGUUUUGGCUAACCUUGCUACAAUUCCCGAAGGGAGGAAUGCUAUUGGGCAGGAGGGUGGGAUUCCUGUGCUGGUCGAGGUUGUUGAAUUGGGUUCAGCUAGAGGGAAGGAAAAUGCAGCUGCUGCUCUUUUACAACUCUGCACAACCAGUGGUAGGUUCUGCAGUAUGGUGCUCCAAGAAGGAGCUGUUCCACCACUAGUGGCCUUGUCCCAGUCCGGCACCCCAAGAGCUAGAGAGAAGUCUCAGGCACUUCUGACCUACUUUAGAAGCCAACGACAUGGUAGUGCUGGCAGAGGCUAAAACUAGGAAAACAACUUUCACGGCACCCAAGGCAUUGAGUCUGAUACAGUUUGUAUACAUUUGAUGUUUCAAAUAGUGCAUUUUGAAGGUUUUGCUGCAAUGCUGCAUGGUUUUACAAUUUGCCUAGGAAUAAAAAAGAAAAUUUUCAAUUUGUAGACGAUUCGAUGGAGUCCUCUUGUCCGAAUGCUUCUUUUUAUAUGUGCAGUUGUGAAUGUAAGAACGGAAUUUCAUACAUGUGAGUCUUUCUGGUCUUCGUAGAUAGCUCGGGGGUGAAUUUAUGAAUCGGUGAAUAAUGUCCCUUGGCUUCUUCUUUUUUUUUUUGGACUCAACUGUUUUUCAGAUUAAACUAGAUAUUCAGAUUGAUUUGUAAGCUAUGCAUUUACAGACAGCCAAACAAGAGCAGGCAUAUUAGGGUUCUAUGUAGUUCCAUGAGUUAUUUGAUU